AUGACAUACAACAAUAAUAGUUCAAGAGUUAGUUCACCAGUUUAUUAUCACAAUGCAACUGGCCACCGAGAACUGACUUUAACUCAAUCUAUCACUUCUUGUCUCAAAAGUAUCUCUAUUAAUGACAGGAGUUCGGAGAGUCGCGAUAACUGGUUUGGGGGUCUGUACACCUUUGGGUUUCAGUGUAUCAGAAUUAUGGGCGAAUCUUUUGAAAGGCUCUUGUGGAAUAUCAAAGACGCUUGUCAUGUUUUUGGGAGCAUCGAUAAUCAAAAAUUGGAAGAACGAAAGUCUUUUGUAGAGUCUGAAGUCUAUAAGUCAUGUGGUUUGGAUAUUUCUAAUGAUUGGAAAUCUGUGUCACGUGCUAGUGCUCUAGGUAUUAUUGCAACCUAUGAAGCUUUCAAACAGGUGAAGUGGAAAGCGAACUCAGGUUAUCGAGCAGUAUAA